ACUUUUAAUGAGAAAAUGUGCAAGAAUUUAACAUUCAAGAAAUGUCAAAGUCAUCAGAAUAAUGUUUUACUGGUAUAUACAAGGAAAAAACUGCUCCUCCCUAGACAGGAGUGAGUCAGCUCAAAACAAGAAUGACACUAGGUUAAGCACGUGGAGUAAUGAGUAGGAUUUUGUUUUCACAUGCAAAAGUGAUUGCUUUUGAUAAACGCUUUAUCUGCUUUCCCAAUGACAACUGGCUAGAAAAUGUGAACAUGCAUUUUAUGGAAAAGAGACGUACGUUUCUGAAUGACGGAUCAUGCUGCCUUUCUAAAAACAUAACCAAGCGGUUCAGAUUGCUGUUCGAUUAUAGCAGAGCGCGCCUCCCUCACGUGACGGACCAUAGCCCCGUGCAACUCUGGCCAGUUUAAUAUAACCCCAUCGUGGUUGUACAAGGUGCUCUCGCUUUCUUCCCACAAAAGAAAGCUAAAGCACAACAAUCUUCAACAGAUAUUCAGUAUUCAAAACAAAAAAAAUCCAUUCCACCACCACCUAUCUCGUUUAGUUUAGUUAACACUGCUGUCAAUGACUUCCCAGUCACCGGACUUUGCCCUGGUGAAUUGAUUGAAAGAAAACAGGCACCAGAAGAAUCUAUUCAUUAGUGGUUGUGGACUGCUUUUUUAAACUUGGAAGUACGGGAAGCUGUAAUAUAUAAAAGCAGAUUUAUCUUAUUGUAUGAGGUAAAUGAGAAUUAUUUUCUCAAUCUGGAUCGAGUUACAUGUCGGGAUUGUAAAUUAUAGUCUGCAAUAGAAUGGCAGACCGAAAAGCAGUGAAAAUUGUCAGUGAUCAACCAGACUUUCUGCAGUUUAAUAACCUGGCCUGUGAGACAGCUGGAGGAAAUGUUAUUUUUGCGACAGACGAAUGGUUUGCACCAGCUAGCAAUCUUCUGAAGAGAGAGCCACCAGAGUUCAUAGCGUCUGCAUUCACCGAGUACGGAAAAUGGAUGGAUGGCUGGGAGACGAGAAGGAAAAGAAUACCUGGUCAUGACUGGUGCAUCAUCCAGCUGGGUGUACCUGGCAUCAUACAUGGCCUGGAUGUGGACACGUCCUUCUUUACUGGAAACUACUCGCCCUCUGCCUCAGUUCAAGCUGCAUGUCUGGAUGAGGCCCCAGCACUGACCCUGGAGGGAGACCGCACUGGCAUGGCUGCUUCCGACAGUCAGUUUGAAGCAGUUGCUAAGUUGCACUCUGAGUCGUGGGAGGAGCUUGUUCCUGUGACAGAGCUGAAACCUGGAUACUCCGACACCUGUCAUAACUACUUCCCAAUCAACUACCCCAGCAGAGUCACCCACCUACGACUCAACAUGUACCCAGAUGGGGGGAUUGCUAGACUGAAGGUCUAUGGCGUUGGGCAGAAAGACUGGUCUGCCCUGCCCACACAGGACCAGCUGGACCUGGUGGCCCUGGUCAACGGUGGGGUCUGUCUGGGCUACAGCGACGCCCACUUUGGCCACCCCCGGAAUAUGAUUGGUUUGGGAAGAUCUGCAAACAUGGGCGAUGGAUGGGAGACAGCCCGUCGACUGGACAGACCCAAAAACCUACAGGUGGAUGGGAAGGGCAUCCUACAGGUACCAGGUUAUGAGUGGGCCGUUCUCAGACUGGGGCAUCCCGGAGUCAUCAGCCAAAUUGAGAUAGACACCAACCACUUCAAAGGAAACUUCCCAGACUCCUGUAAGAUAGAAGCGUGCCAUCUGACCCCCGAGGAGGAAGGGAAGUAUGUGAGUGGCAGGUGGAGCAGCGAUCCAGGAAACAAAUGGCGGGUGCUUCUGCAACCUCAGAAAUGCCCAGCAUAGUUCCACAUGCUGCCACAUCUGCACUUCCAGAGGAUCUUCCCUCCACGUCUCAACAGGAGAAAGCAAGCAUACCCUUGUCAAGAUGUUUUCGGCGAUCUCCAAAAGGCCUGUCCAGGCCCUUCAAGCGCUUCUCAAAGAGAAAGUGAAUCAACCAACUUAUUGGCUAAUUGAUUAAAUAUCAUUGCAUGAAUUGAUGGCCUUUCUGACUUCUUGUGGGGGUCAUGUGUUAAAUCAGAUUAGAAAAUAUAUAUAUUUUUAAAUGUUAGUCUAGUAAUUAGUGAUUACCACUUAACAGGGAUUAAUGCAGGUUGAGGACAAGCGUGGAGUGCCACACUCAAUUUAAUCAUAACAUAGUCAUAGCCAUAACUAUAUCACCAUCUACACAACCAGACCAUUACUAAACAGAGUAGUGCUGUCCAUGAGUGUUUAUUUCUAGAUGACACACACACAUACACGGAGGCAGGUAGCCUAGCGGUUACGCGUGUUGGGCCAGUAACCGAAAGGUUGCUGGUUUGAAUCCCAGAGCAGACUAGGUGACAAAUAAGCCAAUGUGCCCUUGAGCAAGGCAUUUAACCGUAAUUUCUCUUGUAAGUCGCUCUCAAUAAGUGGGUCUGCUAAACUAACGCACACAUUAAAUACUUUAUUUGAAUCCACCAAUCGAAUGGUCAUUUAAAAAAAGCAUACAAACAUUUCAAAGAUGCCUGUAUGCAAGUCACUGAAUUGUACAGGGGGCACAGAAAUAAUCUCCUUCUUCUGCCUACGACAGCUGAAACAGAGGAGUACCCAGCCGCCAACAGCUUUGGCUAGUUUUUGCCAGGCCCACAAGCCUGUGCACGUGGCAGAGACCGCCAAAUAUCAGCGCCACCAGCUUGCACCUCCACCCAGGCUGUCCAAGCACGAGGGGCUGGUAUUUAAGAAACUAGCCAUCAAAUGAGCAGCCCACUUCCAAAAUGAGCUGUUGUUGUGAGGAACUAUAGUUUUAAUCAGACAUUUCUUCUGUUUUGUCCUGUGAUGUGAGUGAUCUGUUUUUUCACACACACACAAUACUUCAGAUACUUCCUACCUCAGUCUAAAAUAACUGAUGCAAUAUUAGCUACAGGCCUACUUAGUUCAUAUGUAAUGCAUUAAUAAAGGAUGCAGGACACUCAGUGACAAGGAAAUCAACAGUUUCUUUUGUUUUUUAAUCAUUGUAGAGAAUUUGGUGCCAUAAUACAUAUCAUACCUGUAUAUAUCCAGUAGGGGGCAACAUAUCAGUAUACACAAGACACAGGACCACUACAUUCUAUCAUCAGCCACUCAUAGGAAUAUCGUUUUUUAAAAAUAUUUUUCAAGGGGUGCUGUAGCACCCUCAGCAUCCCUACUUCCCUCAGUUAUGGACAUAGGACCAAAUGAUAAUGUACUACCAAAACUAUAAAUGCGAUUGAACAUACUCGGGCUUUGGGCUAUCAAAAACCAUGAAGACAUAACGGAUAUAGGCCUACAUGAUAUAAUUGCCCAAAUUGUAGUGGGUAGAGAAUGAUAGAGCAACCAAUGAUGACCUGUGACGGGGGCAUCGUUGACAUGUUGGCGCCAAAACACAUCGUGGGAUUCAAUCACGAUGUAUGCCGUUGUCCGUAUGUUUUCACAUUUUAGGGGCGGAGGUACUCCCACACUUGCAUCUUCCCUCCGGAACGACAUCUCUCACGUUGCGCACAAUAGUUCCUAGCGCCAUCAGAGGUGUGAAGACUGAUCAAACUUGAGUUGACAUAUGAAAUGUAACUGUAUGAAUUGAAUUGUGAUGUUUGUAAUCUCAUUAGCGAAUAAAGAGCUGAACAUUUUCA